ACUUCGUUAGUGGCACAAGAAUUGCGGUAUCACAAAAGCAUGUCUAUUCAGACACGAAGAAAAUAACCGAAAAGAAUCGAAGUUUGGCGCGCAUUCAUGGUAAAAGGUUCUUUGUGCGUUGCUUGAAUCAGCAAACUUUUAUUUGUAAGGGAAUUACUAUUACCGUCAGACAUCAUCAAAAGGAAGAAACCGAUCACCAACAAUUGGCCGCGAUUAGUAAGUGCGUGAUCAUCGUCCCACCGCCAAAGGUGUCAAGUUCAUUCCCGGCAGAUAUUACGUCAUGA